AUGGAGGAGACGUCUCUAGAUGAGAGCUCAGCAAGAUUUUUCAAAACAGCUGAGUCUACAUAUGUUCCGUGGAUGAUGCAGCCUGUUUAUGAAUGGACAUCUAGUCAACAACAAGCAGUGCAACAUCAUCAGGGAAUGCAAGCAGGAACACAUGGAAUUCAUGCAGUUCCAGUGUAUGCACAAGGACAGGAUUCAACAGGGCUUUCAGAAGCGGUUUAUCCUGUAUACACAUCGGGAACAUCAUUAGACGUUGGUACAGCAGGACAAAGAACUGGGAAAUCUAUUUACACACCUGGUCUUAUCUAUGGAUAUGGUACACAUGCUUUACCAGGUGCAUCUGGUGCACCAUAUGCAUCAAUUAAUAAUCAAAUAAAUUCUCAAGCAGGUCUUCAAAUGACAGCGCCAAUUAACCCUGCAAUGGGUGCUUCAAUUAAUGGGCCAAUGUGUGCUUCUGCUGGAGUUCCGUCUUCGUUUCCACCAUCUUCAAGUGCUGUUACUGCUAUUUCGCCGUCGCUUUCUCAACCGCAUUCUACGUUGCCUUUUUAUACAGGUACUGGAUAUUUUCAAAAAAUAGUUCCAACUGCACGCUCAUCUGCUUCUACCACAUCGACAAUGCCGUCAACAUUAGUAAAACAGGGUGUUUCAGAUAAUCUUAUGGUAUCUUUAAUGGAGUUUAUGAACAAAAGAGGCACGCCAAUAACUGCGAUUCCGUAUAUUGGUGAACAGCAGGUGAAUUUAAUAGCAUUGUAUAUUCACGUGAUGCGUCUAGGUGGGCAGUACAAGGUUAUACAAACUAAUGCGUGGCCGAGUAUUGCGCAGGCACUUGGUAUUAAUUUAAUACCAAAUGGCGCUCAGCAAUUAGCAGAAUGCUAUAAAACAUAUCUUGCACCGUACGAAGAAGCAUGGACAUAUAAUCAGCAACUGCUGAUGCAACAACAGGCACAAGUACAAUUGCCACUUUCUGAUAAAGUUAAGCAUGGGUUUGUUCAAGAACAAGACGAUUCACAAAAAAAUAUGAAUUGUAAUGCGGAAAGUAAGGCUUGCCAUUUUCAAGAAUAUUCAGUGCCAUUGAAACCUGCAUUACAAUCGGGAGUUUUGGUUAAUGCUGAUAAUCUUCAAUUGACAAACACUUCAUCACAAAUAUCUUCUAUACAAGUAUAUAAACCAAAGAAACGAGUUAUUGAAACCUAUGGUGGCUUUGAUAUGCAGCUAAUAACAAAAAUGAGUUCAGAUUUAGAAGACCUCAAGUGUAGACCACCUACAUUACAUGAAUUGGGUACCGUUAAUAUUUAUGCUCUAAUAAUGAGUAUUAAGUCAAGAUUGCAUUCAGAAGUUAAUAGAGCACUUGAUGUUUUUACCAUUAUUACAGGAGACAAAAGAUGGGGGUUACCACUUAUAGAAUGUGAAGAGUUAUUGGAUUGUAUAAUAGAAAUGGCAGAUGAUGAGUAUAGUUUAUUAGUUGAGGAUAUAAAGGUAAUGGAUGAGACUAUGUCUGUGCUAUCUUAUGAGCAAAUGAUAAAUUUAUGUUAUGAUGAGAUAGAAAAUUUAACCGUUAAUUGUCGACCAGGAAGUUUAGCUUAUGAAAAAACUAAAUCUGCUGAAAAAAUUUUAUGUAUUACAACUAUUUUAAGAAAUUUAUCUUUUACCGAAGAAAAUCAAGAUUUUAUGGCAAAAAACAUAUCAUUACUUACUCUAAUAGAACACUUAAUAAUAAUGACAUCAAAAACCGACAUUCCAGAAAUAUCAUGCCGUUUACGACUAGACUUAGCAAAAGAUCUGAUUACUCUUCUUUCAAAUAUUUCUCAAAGUGUUCUUAUAGAAAACGUUUCUACUGCUAGAGCAAUAAUUUCUUUAAUUAUUGCAUUUUCUCCUUAUUCAAAUAUUUCGUCUGAUCCAGAUAAAAUUGUAUUUACACCUUACAAUCCAACACUACAUCCAUACCUUCCAGCAGCUGUAGAUACUCUCGCAAAACUAUUUGCAAGAAGUUUUCCAAAUCGACAUACUUUUACAAAAGUUAUGAUUUCAAUAUCUUCUAAACAGUGUCUUAGAGACAACAUUUUUAUCCGAGCGCUUCUAUUAUGCAUAUCACCAAUACCUUUAUCUAGUCUAACUCAUCCAAUUCAUACAUGUGAGAUGCGGCUUGCUCUGCUUGAGCAUUGUACACUUGCUGCAGAAACAAUUGUUAGCAUUUUUCCAAAAGAAACCACUCUUGCUAGAUCUUUGCUAUUCGCUGAUGAUGGUUUUCCUAAUAGUCUUAUAAGAUUGGCUUGUUUACUUAGUUCAAUUGGAGGUGGUCAACUACCCCAUCAACUUUAUAAUAUUGAGUCAAAUCCAUUUUCCCGGUUUGCGCGACGUAUAAUGAACAUUUUACAUAUUUUAAUUAAAAAAGCUAAAAAAGAAAAACCACUCAAUGAAAUGUAUCAUGUAUUUUUUACAUCAAAAAAAGAACAGCUUUUAGGAAGUCUUCUUACUCCACAUAUGGAUGGUAUGAUUAUAAAAAAUUUAUGGUCUUUAAUUGAAGAGGAUAAUAUGAUAGAAACAUUAUAA